AUGCAUCAGAAGAAAUCCGAAGUGCAGAUCGGCAAGGACAGCGUCGGGGUUUCUGCCGAUUUCAACCCCCUGCUCCACCUCCGGCAACUGCCCCCGCGCGUCCAUGAGCGCACUCCUCUUGGUGACCCCUCCGCCGCUGCCGUCGCCACAGCCGGCCAUGGCGGCAAUUUUCUGCAAAUCCAGAUUCAGAGCUCCAAUUCCAACUAUAACGCCAGCCAUGAGCAGGGUGACCCCAAUGCCCUUCGCCAGCCCCACCAACAGCUCCUCUCCACCCCACACAAGCGCCCCGCCAUGAAUUCCACCCUCUCCCACUCCCAGACUCUCCAAUCCCUCGAUACUCUCAACUCCGACCCUAAAUCUCCGAUGCUGGCGACGCUGCCGGCGGUGGGGCACCACCGGCGGUACCGUCACCUGCGCUUCCUCCCCUAUGCGGCUGCCUCAACCACCAAGGACACCUUGUGCCAUCUCCUCCGCCGCCUCCACCUCCGCCUUCUCCUCCUCUCCUUCCCGUCCCUCUACCUCCUCCUCGGCAGCGGCGGGGGUGGGAACAGUGGCGGCCGCUCGCUUCUCCUCGACUUCCUAUCCGCGAUUUCCUUCUCCUCUGCGCUCCUCCUAAUACUGUUCUUCUCCUUCAGCCUUUUCCCUCUCCCGUCUCUUCGCCUUCUCCUCUCCCGCUCUUCCUCCUUCCUCCUUCCCCGCUACCAUCCUCGGUACACCCGCCGUCGGUCACCGCCACCUGUCCUCUGGUCCAUAGGCUCUGAUCCGAAGACGAAGGCGGACAAACUCCCCACCUCGGGGUCCUGGGUCCAGGUUUACAGCAAUGGGGACGUUUACGAGGGUGAGUUUCACCGGGGCAAGUGCUCCGGGAGCGGCGUAUACUACUACUACAUGAGCGGGAGAUACGAAGGAGACUGGGUUGACGAGAAGUACGACGGCUGCGGCGUGGAGACGUGGGCUCGGGGUAGCAGGUACCGGGGACAGUACCGGCAGGGUCUCAGGCAUGGAUUCGGUAUCUACAGGUUCUACACAGGAGAUUUGUAUGCGGGAGAGUGGUCAAGCGGGCAGAGUCAUGGAUGUGGUGUUCACACCUGCGAGGAUGGUAGCCGUUACGUCGGAGAGUUUAAAUGGGGUGUGAAACAUGGCCUUGGGCACUAUCAUUUCCGGUAAGAAAAUCAUCUUCACUUUUCACUUCGUCUAUUUCUGUUCACUAUUUUGGCGUCAGUCCCCGUUUCUGAACUCCUUGUUCUUCAGGCACGGUCUAGUCCUAGUUUUCUCCUUUUCGAUUGGUUAAGUUUGCUUUUCAUUUAUUUUCUUCAAUCUGGUUUGAGAUGCAUGGAAGUAGAUCCUCGGCUGGCUCUAAAUUUCUUAUAUCAUUUGACUAGUGUGGUCCGAUGAGAAGUAAUCAUUCAGCCUUUGUACUGAUUCAAUUCAGGGGAAAUAAGAAAUCUUGGACUGCCCCCGAUUCCCUUUUGAUCCUUACGUUUUCCAUUUUAAUGUUAAUAGAUGAUAGACGCAUGUUCUGCAUGUGUACUUGCAUCAUGAAUAGGGCUGAGGAAUGCCAAAUGUGUUUCGUCCUAUGUUCUGUGUCUUUAGUUUUUUCCUGGGGGGAAGUGCUAUCGUGCUUAGUGCUUGCCUUGGUAUUCUCUAGAUUUGGAAAGACAACUUUUUCGGGGGUAAGAGAAGAGGUUUGGAUGAAGCAAGAGUAUGGAUAGAACCCAGAUAACACCUUCUCUCCAAACGGUAUGGGAGCCUUUAAUCUCAUACUGCUCACACUUCUCUAUCUUCAUGUCACGCCCUCUACUUUUGUACAAGAAACGGCUCCUGGUAGCCUACUUCCAACUUUGCUUUAACGUGAACAACACUGCAGAAAAUUACACAUCUUGUUUUUGACUGAUCUGAAUCGUUGGUGAAAUCCAAUUCCUUCUGUCAUGUGAGGCUUGUAAUCUCAGGUGUCAUUUUAACACAUCCUCCACGUUAAAACUUUAUGAGGAAUCCAUUGUCCCUUCGCACAAUUUAAGGUUUUCCUGUCAGAGGGAAAAAGGCUUCGUAUUUUACUACCAUUUAAAUGAGUCAUCUUCAUUUUUAUUUGAACGCAUCUGCUCUAGAUAUUUUAAGAAGACCAUUUUUAGAGGAAUAUUGUGCCAUAAUAAAUGAUGUCUUCAAUACACUUUUCAAAAUUCUCCAUAUUGCAUCCCUGUGGUGUAGAUUGUGGUUUCUCAUAGUGCUGCUAGUGUGUCAAGGCAGCCUUAACCCAGGGUAUUUAGGAUGCUUAGGUGAGCCAAGUGAAUGUAGUGCCUCUUCACCCCACAAUCACAACAGAAUGCUUUGUUGUGUGUUUGUUCACCAUCCUGGGUGUAACACACGCAAUUUACAUUUCAUUGCAUUAUUGAGUGAGAUAAAUGGGCGAUGCAUUGUGUCCAGGCUACUCACUCAUGCAUUGGGAGUGAUAAAUCAUUCAUCAUUUAAAUAAUAUUUAAAUAACGAAUAUUUAUCUAUAUUAUAUAGUAGUUUUUACAUUAUAAAUUUAUUAUCUUAUGCGUGUUUAUAUUAUUCUUAAGUUUUAAUUUUCGUUACUCAUGAAAUAAACCACUUAUAGGCUGUAUUAUUUAUAAAAUUACUACACUAUUUACUUGAACGAUUUUGAAGUGUUUUGUAAAGAUUUAUUCUCUUGUUAUCAAAUGUUUGUACUUAUUUUAUUAUUUCGUUGUUUGAAUAAAUUUAUAAAAGGCAUUAAGCAGAUAGGCAGAAAGCAUUUAACGACUGCCUUGUUGCCUUGGUAAUAUCCUAGGGUCAUAUGCUAUCCAAGCCUUCCAAAAUCAUAAAAGGUUAUCUUUCCUCAUUGCAAGAGAUCUUUGUCCACUGUCUCACUCGAUCACAAAUAAAACGAGUGUGAUUUGUAGUGGACGACUCUUUCUCUUGACCAUUCAACUAUUCCAGAUGACUCAGACGGUUUGUAGAUUGAAUUACUACACUCUAUAGGCCUCUUAGACUGUAUAUUGCUGCUUCCAACCUAUUGUAGUUUAUCUGGUACUCCAUGGGAAUAUCAUUUUAUACCUAUUGUAGACUUACCUUUUUCUAGACCUCCUAGGGUCUCAGCAUCCGAACAUAAAUACCCCCAACUAUUCCACUCCAUCAGAGUUCAGACACCGCUUUAUACUUAGGUCUUUGAGAAACUAGUGAAAAUGAGAGUAGUCCAUCAGUUUGAGGCUUCUUUCUCCACUCCAUCAGAAUUCUUUUUCCUUUUUGCCAUUAAUACCAACCAUUGGAUGAAUAGCCUCACUAGAUACUCUAGUUUGCCAGACUACAUUUCUUUUAAACCUUGUACUGAAAUCAGAAAAAUCUGCCACUACGUUUCACAUUAUUAAUGGAUAUUUCAUCUUUAGAAACAAAAACUUUUUUCUACUGGUUCUUCAUAAGGUGUAUGCUUUCAUAUGUAGAGUUGUUGGAUGACUACUGCACGUAGAAGGGAAUGUAUAGACAGCCCGUGGAGCGAGAGCAUACAAUAAAACGCUCUAUGGUGCUUAGUAAUCAAAUCAUUUACACUUUUGAGAAUUCUCCUAGUUUGCCCAAUAUAUAGGUUAACUACCCCAGUUACCAACUGAACCUUUACAUCAUGACCUGCUAAGCCUUGCCCUUACGUCUAACUGUCUAGCAAAGCUAGAGGUAUAAAGCAAGUGUUGUAGAAGAUUUAAGGAUCUUAGAUAAAGCUUGAAUGGGCUGAUGUUUCAGCUCUAACUGUUUAGUUGACAGAGAGACGCUAAACAUGCAAUAGUCUUGGUGGUUUCUUUCACCAGAGAACCCUAUGCAUAAGCUUUGAAUAUGGCUUAUGUCCUUGCUUGAGAAAACGUUGGUGGCUCCAAUAAUUAUGCAUGUUGCUCUCAUUUGAUUUUAUCCCCAUUUUUAUUCUAGCCUGCUGUCAGCGGGUUGUAGUCGAGGCUAACGGUGAAUUUUUAUGCCCAAACCUCUAUUUUAUACUGAAUACACAGACGCAGUAGUAACAUUAGUGUGAACCAUAUAGAUUAUAGUCCCUAGUUUAAUACCGAAUGCAGUGAUACAUGUCAGUAGGUUGUCAGUACCUUGAAGUCCACGCAAAUGUGGAGUAUGUGUAUUAUACUCUUUGUUUUUGUUAAUGUGCCAACUUCGAACUUGCUACUCUAAAAGAAAACGUUACUUUAUGUAAUAUUCACUCACGAGGGUCAACACAUUGAACAGGGAAGUGGUAAAUGUAAAUAACAUGAAAGGAUAUGGGGAAGCCAUUUGCGUCAUUCCCUGCCAAUGAGAGAGGUUAGCUUCCUCAGUUCCUCGUCUACAGCAGGUUUUAACAGUUCUUUUGUCUCCUUCCCUUGUUUUACAUUCCAAGAGGGACAACGUAUGCACCACUGGACUUUCUCCAUACUAGGAUAAAAAAGUAGUAUUUCUUAAUAUUACUAGAGGCUGAUUCACCGAAAGAGUUGGAACUUGAUGCUGUAGAAGGAUAGAUUCUGGGCUCAGUUUUAGAGAUGGUAAAGUAUGAUAGCAGAUCUCAUGUCAUGCAUUAUGAUUAAGUUUCAGGAGAUUAUAGGCAGGAUAAUUUUUUUUUCUUGCAAUAAUGCUUUAAUAUUUAUAUUGAUGUAUACAUUUGUUCAGUUUCACCUUAAUUAUUACUUUGUAUGUUGCUGAUUGUCUGAUUAUUAUGCAUCUCAAUUAGUCAUGAAUUGCAAUUACAUACUUAGCUUUUGAUAUAAUCAGCUAGACCAAAAACUUAGUGUCUUCCUUCACCUGUGGACUAUGCAAAGCUUCUUUAGUUGUCUAGCUUUUUCCAGCCCGUAAGAUUAGCUAAGCGAGGAAUUUUGUAAUCAUGGAGUCCUGCAGUCAGAGGAAUUGAUCAAGUUGUCUGGUCCAAAAGAUACCAGACAAAUUGACUAAAAUAUAAAUCAUAUUCUACAUGCUAUUAAGGAAACAACGCUUCCUUUCCUAGGAAGAAAAGUGUGGACGAAUUGGUGUGGAUGGAUACAGUAGUAACCUUCAUUUUUGAAUUUGUCUUUUUUAUAGUUUUAUUUCCUCUGAUCUGUGGUGGCGAUGGGCACAGAAUUCUGAUGGUCGUUGCUUGCUUGAACAAAAAUGUGAUCAUACGCUUCAAAUUUUCUCCAGCAUGUUUAUGGAUUUUGUUUGUCUGUUUUCAUAGUAUGCACCUUGAUUCGUGUUGGAAUUGAAGAUACACAACAGUUGAGAUAUUUCGUUCUCUUCCCUGUUUCCUGACACAAAGUUCUCUAAUGCCCACAGAAAUGGAGAUACCUAUUCUGGGGAAUAUUUUGCAGACAAGAUGCAUGGUUUUGGGGUGUAUCGGUUUGCAAACGGGCACCGAUAUGAAGGGGCCUGGCAUGAGGGCAGGCGGCAGGGGCUGGGGAUGUACACAUUCCGCAAUGGGGAGACGCAGUCAGGCCUCUGGGAGAAUGGCGUCCUGGCCAUCAGAAGCACCCAGAAUAGCCUUUCCGCUUUACCCAUUGCCGUCAACCACUCUAAGGUCCUCAAUGUGGUCCAGGUAUGGGCAUGACAGAGAGAGCGCAUCAGCCGGUGCUCAUCUGGUGUGAAGUCUGAUUCAUGGGAGACCCUAUUGGCCUCCUCGUGUUGUGUUUUCAGGAAGCAAGGCGUGCGUCGGAGAGGGCAUUCAAUGUGCCCAGAGUUGACGAGAGGGUGAAUAAGGCAGUGGCAGCGGCCAACAAGGCAGCCAAUGCAGCCAGAGUUGCCGCCGUGAAGGCGGUGCAGAAGCAAAUGCACAGCAGUCGCAGCGAUAUACCGAUGCCCAUCGUGUGA